AUGAAGAAGAGAGUGCCUUUCCAUUGGGAUGAAGCAUGCAAGAAGGCAUUCCAAAGUAUCAAAGACUACUUGACAAAGCCACCAGUGCUGACAGCCCCAAUUCCUGGACAUCCAUUGACGCUUUACAUCGCUGCACAAGAACGUUCAGUUGGAGUCUUGUUAGCACAGGAAGCCAAUAAAGGGAAAGAAAAUGCCCUCUACUACCUCAGUAGAAUGAUGACACCAAAUAAACUAAAUUAUUCACCAGUGGAAAAGAUAUGCUUGGCGCUCAUCUUCGCCAUAAAAAAGUUGAAGCAUUACUUCCAAGCGCACACUAUCCGGUUGGUGUCCAAAACAAAUCCCUUAAAAUAUGUCAUGUCAAAGCCUGUCCUUUUUGAUCGACUCACGAGGUGGUACCUGCAGCUGCAACAAUUCAAAAUCAUUUAUGUACCACAGAAAGCUGUAAAAGGACAAAUAUUGGCAGACUUCCUUGCUGAUCAUCCCAUCCCCGCUGAGUGGGAGUUGUCUGAUGACUUCCCUGAUGAAGACGAGCCUUUUCUUAAAAUCACUCCACCAUGGAAAAUGUAUUUUGACGGCUCAUCACACAAAAAUAGAGCUGGAGCGGGAGUAAUAUUUGUCACAUCACAAGGAGAAGUCCUUCCAUACUCUUUUGCCUUAAAAGAAAAGUGUUCAAAUAAUGUGGCUGAGUAUCAAGCACUCAUCCUCGGCCUAAAAAUGGCGGUAGACAUCAAGCAACGCCAACUUCAAGUAUACGAGGACUCCAAGCUUGUUGUAAAUCAAAUCACUAGAGAGUUUGGAGUGAAGAAACCAGAACUAAUGCCUUACUUAAAGUAUGCUAAGACACUCAUUGAGUUGCUCGGGGAUGUCUCUAUUGAAUAUGUCCCAAGGAAAGAGAAUGGGCAAGCUGACGCUCUGGCUAAACUGGCAUCGACUCUAUCCAUCCCGGAUCAACAGGUGUAUAUUCCGAUACGCAAAGUUUGGGUGGAUUCCUACAAGUAUGAAGAAGAAGAAUGUGUUGAAAAAGAAGUAAAUCACCUCAUCGAGGAAGAAUUGACGACCGAAGAAAAUUUCAGAUUAAGACUCGGAGAGCUAGAGGCUCUCGACGAGAAAAGCCUACAAGCUCAACAAAGACUGGAGUGUUAUCAAGCACGAUUGUCUCGAGCUUACAAUAAAAAAGUCAAAUCACGAUCCUUUCAAAUCGGGGACUUGGUUCUUGCUGUGAGAAGGCCCAUUGUGAUCAACUUUCGUUCGGAAAAUAAAUUUUUAUCCAAGUGGGAUGGACCCUACAUCGUCACUCAUGUCUACACAAAUGGUGCAUACAAGUUGACAUCUCAAGAUGGACUCCGGAGAGGGCCAAUCAACGGGAGGUUCCUCAAAAGAUAUUAUGCGUAA